AUGACGUCGGUGGAGGAGUUGGACAACUCUUUGACCCUCCUCACGCAUUCAGGCCAUCGUCUUUCCCUAACCUCGAUGACGCCGCCUGGCUCCCCCUAUACGGCACUGUCCCCUGAACAAUCGUCCAUGGAUUCCGAUUCUGGCCUUUUGACGCCGGUUCCGGAAAGUCCGAGGAUUUGCGAGAAGCUCCACCCCAACACCCCGAUUACGCCUUCGGACACGAGGCGGCAACUUUUUGUGAGAGUACCGGAGGUGGAGAGCAGCUCCCAAAACGCCCAACUAAACGUGAUCGCCAUCGACAACAAGAUUGAGCAGGCGAUGGACCUAGUCAAAACACAUUUGACGUUCGCGGUUCGAGAAGAGGUUGAGGUGUUGCGGACGACGAUCAUGGAUUUGGAGUCUAAGAUCCAACUCCUCGAAGCCCAAAACUACAUAAUGCGCCAAUACGUGCCGACAGAGCUGCAUAAAUACAUCCCGCGUAAUCCGGAAGAGGAUCCCUCCAAUCAA